AAAAAAAAAAAAUCUCGGAUUCCAUACCUCCAACCCAGGCUUUUAAAAAAAGAAAUAACAAUUAUAAAAGAGAGCUGGAAAAACAGUGGUGGCAGCGUCCCAGUGCUUUGACCUUUGACCUUGGACGCUAAACAAACGUCUCGUGUGGCGGCCGACAGGUACUCUUCUCUCUCUCUGGGCCAUUUUUUCUCUUGGGACUGAAUUAACUGGUGGAUUAACUGGUGUGUGGGUAUUCAAGGGAGGACCUUUUCUAUGUUUUCAAGAUGUCCACAAUGUCUGGAGGAAAGAGGAAGUCACGCAAGCCACAGAAGUGGGAAGAUUACGUUGCGGAUGAGGAGCAACUCGCCUCCAUCGAGAAGGAGCUCGAGAAAGAAGAGAAGGCACGGAUGCAGAACCUAGAUGAUGAUGACUUAAAUAAAGAGAGGGAGAGUGAGGAAGAUAUAAAAGUAGAGGAGGAAGACAUAAAAGAAGAAAAGGAGAGGGUGAUGUCAGAGGAUGAGAUGCAGUUGGAGAUUGACAUGAGCAGAGGUGAAGAAGACCAAGAUUUACAAAAUUGUGAAAGCAGGAGUAAAGAGGAAGAGAGUGACGGCGAGUUGGAAGAUAGAUUAGAUGCAGGGCAGUCCCUUCCAGCAGGAGAAUCAGAUCAAGUAAUUGGGGAAUGCAAGUCAUGUGGGAUCCAGCUGCGUGACUGGAGUUCUACCCAAAGCCACCUCAGAUUUCAUCGUCUGUCCCACGUGCCAUAUUGUAUCAACUGGUCAUCUUGUGUUGCACCUCAGACAAAAAGAAUCACCUGCCAGGUUUGUCAACGUCACUGUCAAACCAAGGACGUUCUAGCAUACCAUGCCUACUCUGAGCACUACAGAGGGGAUUUGAAUACCUGUCCUUUCUGCAGCACUUCUUUUACGAACAUGAAGGAAUUCCAAGAGCAUCUAGACUUCGAUACUGUCAGCUUGCGGUGUCACGUUUGUGAAGUGUUUGUGAAUGAGGAGCAUAAAUAUUAUCAACAUGUUGCAGACUGCAUUGCCAAAAAGUAUCCAAAAGCUACAUCUGUUGUUUGUCAUAUCUGUAAAAAGAUUACAGAAGUUUUUCAGCUGUGUGACCACUUGAUGCAACAUAGCACUCUCCCAAAUUUAUCUCGGUAUUUGGCACAGAAGAAUAGGAGACGGCCAGUCAUUCCUCCCAAAUCAGAGAACUCUCGACAGCAGCAGAGUCGUUUCCGUCCAUUCUUGUGCGAGAUCUGUGACCGGAGAUUUGUUGUGUACAGUGAAUUUAAACGGCACUUGUAUUCUCACUUUAAGUCACGAUCAUUUGUAUGCACCUAUUGUGGCCGGAGUUACUGCCAGAAGAACACGCUCAUUGUUCAUCUUUACUCCUAUCAUAAUGCUUCUCUCAAGGCUGAGGAAAUCACCCCCACGGAGGAUACCAACCAAAGAGUUUGUGAGCUAUGUGGCAGGGCUGGAUUUCUGAGUGAUGAAUUUUUGAUACGUCAUUGUAUUCUGCGAUGCUCACAGCGGAAUAAUCUUCAACUGUCAUUUGCAGCCAUUGUAACGAGCAUUGCCAAGAAACUGAACCUCUGCUUCAGUGAGACGCUUAGCCAUGAAUCCAUGCAAACCUACCUGAAGUUGGGGCUCGAAGCAUGGGAAAAACCAGCUUGUGUUCACAAACUCUUAGAAUCACUAUUGACCAACAAAAGCACUGCGCCUAUUUCUCCGGGAGGACACAGAGAGUUAAUAGAAUUCUCUGAUGUGCAGCUUCUGGCGUACUUAGACCAUUUUGAAGAAAAGAACCGAGGAAAGGACAAGGAUCUGGAGUUUCUAUUGAAUCCUAGAGCUAAAGAUGGGAUCCCCGCUCAAGACCUACCCUCUCUAGAUGAGAUUCAGUCCAAAAACCAAGUCGAUAUGAAGAGGAAAGUGGAGGGAGGAAUGAGUGGCGAAGAUUCACUUGCAGCAUCUUCAGUAAAGUCGAAGGAGGGAGAGAUAAGCAGCCAGAUUCCCAAGCUGCCUCUUUGCAUCCUCCCCCCCCCCUCCCCCAGCGAUACACUCAUCUGA